UCAAACGAAACCGGAUUUACGGCGAUAUGGGGUGACAACUAGCUAUUAAAACAGCACCCUCGACACUGGAGACGCUCAUUUAUAUUAUAAUAUGAAUCAAAUUCCCGGCGGUCCGCUCCUCGGUGAUUUAUCACAUAAAUGCCCGCUGUGUGUAUUGUGAAAAAUACAUCGUGUUUAUCGAUCCAAAACUGUUGCUCCGCGCCGUGUUUUACCACAAUCCGUCAGCUUUAAGGGAACGGCAAGCAAAACAAACAGGUCGACAGAAGAAAGAUAUCGGUUGCCGGUCGGUGCUUCGGUCAGACGGACAGAGAGGUUAUCAAGCGUAGCUCAUUUGCAUGUUGUAACGGUUCACUGCUCGCGCCGGUGAAAUAUGUGGAUGCGGUCCAGAUCUGCGGUAAUGUUGUCGUAUUAUUCGCAUGUUCGGCCCGUUAUGACGGUCAGUCCGUUCGGGUUUUGUCAGCGUGAUAUUUCUUGUUUUUAAAGCGACAUUGCCGUGCAAAGAUCGAAGUAAUUUUUAUUUGCGCAUUUCAUUGAUAUAUCAACUAUGCAUACGCGGCGGCUGGUGAAGCGCUCGGUCAUUGGGAGCCGCGUUUACGUGCCGGGUUUAACUGGAGACGCGGCUCCGCUCACGGGAGUGAUCCAGGCUGUCAAACAAGACAACAGAGAUGUUUCGACCGGCCAUCGGCGCAACGUGUACACGGUGCUCAUGCAAGACGGGAGCUUAAAAGAAUACUCCGAGGAAGAGAUUGCACAGAUGACUGCGAAAGCGCCGCUGAAGUCGAGCUUGAAGAGCACCUGUAAUGGUGGCCAGCGGGACGGGCCAACGCAGGGCCAGAAUGGGGGCGUGCAGAGAGGAGAGGCGCCCUGCCUCAGCCCGGAGAGCACAGAGGAACCACGGGUGCUGGAGCACAAGCGAACGGGUCGGGCGCUGGAGCCGGAGAAAGAUCAUACCCGCUCCGUUUCUCUGCUGGAACAAAAACGCAAGGUGGUCUCUUCCAGCAUCGACGUACCACAAGCCAGGAAAUCAGAGGAGGAGGUGGACAUGGAUAAAGUGACAGCUGCCAUGGUGUUGACCAGCCUGUCCACUAGUCCUCUGGUGCGCAGCCCUCCUGUAAAAGUUAGUGAGGGUCUGAACGGCUCAUGGAAGGACGGAGGCUUUACUCCAUCCAGCUACAGCAGCAGUGGAUAUUGGAGUUGGAGUGCGCCCAGUGACCAGUCUAACCCAUCCACGCCGUCCCCACCCCUGUCCGCUGACAGCUUCAAACCCUUUCGGAUGCCCAGCCUCAGCGGCCCACCAGAUGACAACAUCGAUGAGCAUGAUGGGAACAGCUUGCUGUUUGACGAACCCAUCCCCCGCAAACGCAAGAACUCCAUGAAGGUGAUGUUCAAGUGUCUGUGGAAGAACUGUGGAAAGGUCUUGAGCACUGCCGCCGGGAUCCAAAGGCACAUUCGAACCGUCCACCUGGGGAGGAACUGUGACUCGGAGUGCAGUGACGAAGAGGAGGAUUUCUACUACACUGAGAUCAAGCUGAACACCGACUCUGUGGCGGACGGUUUGAGCAGUCUGUCUCCUGUGUCCCCGUCUGUGCUGUCCCCCCCGCCGGGUUUGGACCAGAGACAGCCGGAUGGCACUAACGGAGCAAAGAGCGAGAACAGCACCACCACCCCUCUCAGCCGCUCCGCUCCCAGCGCACUCUACCUAGUGCACACAGACCACGCCUACCAGGCCACAGCCCCUGUCACCAUCCCCUCCACCAGCUCCACUGGCUUCACCCCCUCCAGCAGCAGUUUCAGUAUCUCCUGGCAGUCCCCACCCGUCACAUUUACUGGCACCUCUGCCUCUCCCACUCACAGCCGGACUCAGGGCUUUGGGGAGCAGCGCUCUCAGACCAUUGCAGUGCUCUCAUCUCCCCCCAGAGCCGCAGGCUCACUCAGGAAGUCACGAGGCGAGGGAAGGAAGUGUCGUAAGGUGUACGGCAUGGAAAACAGAGACAUGUGGUGCACGGCCUGCCGCUGGAAGAAAGCCUGCCAGAGAUUUGUUGACUGAAACAGCUGCGACGGCUUACACACAAAAACAGGGUGGGCUUCCUUUGCAUGCAUAGCAUAAUGAAAUGCGUCCCUUCUCUUUCUUACUGACCACAGCCCCACCCUGCUUCAUCUUAAACCCACAUGGACUUUGAGGGUCAAAUCCUUAUGCAUUCCCUCCUAAACCAACGGACGCACUCCCAAUCUUUGCAGAUUUCCAUCUCUUCCUUUGAGGCGAGUUGCUUUACACUGCAAAAAAAAAAAAAAAAAGACUUGUGAUCUCUUUUUGUUUGUAUUCAGUAUACUGCUUAAAAACAUUCUUGUCAGUUCCUAAAGGACCAGUCAGGGCAAGACCAGCCUCUGUCAAUGCUCUUUUUAAAAGAGAAGAAAGCGCUCUUUCAGACUGUGUAAGUGCUAUAAAACCUAACUGGAGAAAGUGUUUCUUUUUCCAAGGGCACAUUUUCUCAUUUCUCCUGCCCAUUUUACUAAAGGUUAAGGGUUGGACAGCCAGAAAACCCUGUCUUCUCAAGAAUGUACCACCACAGGGGUUUGUUUUGGGAUGUUGACUGGAUAGCUCCCCUAAAUGGAAAUUCCUCGAUGCAAAAAAAAAAAAAAUCAAAUAAAAAAUAAAUAUGGGAAGAGAAGGACUUUCAGCUGUGCUGACACAAGCAAUUGCACCUACAAAGGACGGAUUUUAUAUCUCUGGUUUUAUAUUUGCGUUUACCAAUAGGACAUUUCUUUCAGGGAUGCGAUCAGUAAAAGCAAAACCAGCAGUUAGAUUUAACAGCAAAGAACUCAGUGCUUUUUGUCACAGGAAUACCUUCUUGCUACCAAAAAGGGUUUUUUUACGUGCCAUUUUCCUUUUUCUUUUUUGCUUUGUAUGUAACUGACUUCAACAGAAUGAAGUUCAAAGACUGCGAUCAUUAAACCCAACGGCACAGACUCGCAUCAAAGUUAGUGAAUUCAAGAACCAGCCAUUCAGGCAACCUCUCCUUCCCAUCGGACUCCAUCUGCAGGAACAAACUGCAUUCAUAUUAGAGCCAUAUAUGAACCGUGGUGGUUUCAUGCCGCAGUCUGUUGCCUAGAGAGGUUCAACCAACAUGCCCAAGUAAAGAAAACUCUGCAAAGUGGUUAAUUUUACCUCUGAAAGGUGAAGAGCUCUUUACCUCUCACCUUUUUCCUGACCUCACAGGUUCAAGUAGGAAGUAAUAAAAAUAGCAAAUGCCACAUCUACUCCAGCACAGGAGCUGGAAGCACUCAGAUGUGGUGGUGUUAUUCUACUGUAGUUGGUACAGUAUCGUGUAACACGGCAGAACACUGGUCACAGAAGGAUGGACGUCUUUUCACGAUGGGCUUCUUUGCAAAGGAUGACCAGAAAAAUUGUCCCACGCCGUCAACACUUGGUUUGGCUCUUAAGGAAUAUGGCAGCUCAGUUGGAAAUUGUAAUCUGGCAUUGUUUUGGUGGCUCUGAUACAGUCUAUUAUGAUAUCUUCUACGGAACAUCAACACAAGCUAGUUAACUCAUCAUAGACCUGCAAACAAUGCUUAUUGUGAUCAACUCAUUGUCUGUAUCUGUUUUGUUCAUCACACUGUUUCCCUUUCACUUACUGUCGAUAUGUGUAUAUAGAUAAGGUAUAUAGUAUUAAACCCCCCAAACAAAAUGUUUUAUGCCCGUCGUAACACUUGGUUUUAUUGGUAGAAUGGCUUUGUUCACACUGCACAUCAAUCAGAUUUGGUUUCAAAUCCGAUUUCAAUUAUUAGAUCCAUUUUUUUUGUACAAUGUAGUCAAUAUCCUAUGUCUCCACAUGGGUUAUUUAUGAAUGCUAUAACUAUCAUCCUGCCAAGAAAUUAAAAGAGACUCACAAACAUCUAAAAGUACAGUAGACUACUUGGAAUCUGAUUCCAAUUCACACUAAGAUGCAUUAAACAAAUAUGAUCUGAUUUCACACCUGGUAUGGAUGUGGUUUGGAUCUGGUUCAUAAACAUCAGAUUUCAUGUGGUCUUCUGCAGUUCAGAAUACAAAAAACUUGAUAUGGUGAAAAAUGGAUUUUAAUUUAAUGUAAUUUCACGCCAAAAAUGGAUGUGGUUUUGAUCUGGUUUGUUUUAUGUGGUCUUUCAUAAAUUCAGACUACAAAAAACUGAAUGGAUUGACCAAAAAAAAAAAAUUCAGAAUUUUGCUGCCUGUGUGAAUAAAGCCAGAUACUAGACGAACAGAAAAAAGGCAUUUUAAAUGUGAAUCUAUAAUUAAGAUCCAUGUAAAAUGAAUAUGCAUUUAAAUAACAUCUCCAAGACAACACUUUAAAACUUCCACUGGUUUAGUGUCUUAAUAGAAAAAAAGAAAAUCCAGAAGAGUUCAUGAAUGUUUCUGCAUUUUGAUCCUUUUUCUCACUUUCUGUUGACACGAUUCAACAGAUCGUGCAGGGAAAAGGUCUCAAGGGCCUUGCGUCUUUCCGUAUGACUGGAGGCAACCUGUUUGUGAAAGCACAGCUAUGCUUAAGCCACACACCAGCACCCAUGGGCUCUAGCACUCCAAUUCUACUCCAAUGCUUAUUGAAACUUUUUGUGAUCUCAUGCCAGAGAUGAAGUUGAGUUUCAAUAAUUAAUAGCUGCAUAUUUAGGCCCCUCCGCUGGUGUGAGGAACAUCUCAGAGGCUGCUGCUUGUCCCUCCAGUCCCUUCCUGGUGCUAUUUUAGACCAAAGGGUCAGAGAUCUCACAGGCGUUUUACGUACGAGGGCAAGCUUAUGUCUAAAGUUGUUUACAUUCAGUAUAUACUUGGGGAAACUCUUUCCAUCACGUUUCCUACAAAUUAGACUUUUAGAAAGUGGGAUUAUAUUUCAAAAUGUUACCUAAAAAUAUGUUCUUGCCUCGGAUAAGCUGUUAUAUGAAGUUAAGAUCACGGUGCAUUUGGUUUCUAAUGAUAUUUCACACACCUGUCAUCAUGGUGCUUAUGUAUUGGCUGCAGUUUUGUUAGCUAGGCCACGGCGCAUUACUCGUCUUCAUUAGGGGUGCUAGUUUUCUUAUGCACAGGCCUUUCUUUGUUUUGUUGUACAACACGAAAUUUAACAGACACGAGGUGCGUAUCAAGCUGCAACAUGAGGAUGGUGUGUUUUCACUAUUUACUUUCUUUAUCGCCAACUUCGUACACAGGUUAAACAGUAUUUAAUGUACCUACAAUACUUAUAUAAGCUACCUGGUAAACAGUAUUUAGGACUAGUGCUGCUCAUGAAUACCUACUUGGGUCCAUGUCUCAUAGUAAUGCAGUACAAAGCUUUUAUUGUUCAGAUCCAGCAGGAUGCCGAGGUGUUAGCUGUCUUUAGCCUAUGUAGUCUUCUCUGAUUCUGUGUAAACAUACCGUAUAGGUAAUUAACAACAAUAACUAAUAAUGCUAUUAUAUUACUCAAAAUGUGUAACUGUUUUGAUCGAUAUUCUAAGCUACUUUAACACACCGGUGUAUAGAUCCUAGGGAACAGAUUAAGAUGCUUCCCGUUCUGAACUUUCACCAGGUCCAGAGUUUAACACGCUAGUUUAGCCACUUUAAAAGAUGCAGAAAAGUCUUGCCAUGUCUUUUCCCACACAUCGAUGUGAGGAAAAUCUGAAAGUGCAAUGUUAAUCGGAUACCCAUAUGUCUUUGGUUGGUAUUAGUGUUGGAUCUGUGCAGAUGUUUAGAGUGGGUGUGCAUAUCCCAUGUCAGACUGACCUAAUCUGACUGUCUUUGCGUAGACUGAAUCGUUUGUGUAACUCCAAACCGCCACUCGGCUGUAGCCAGAUGGCAGAUGGGCCACUCAGUAGUCUACUUACAUAACUUGUGUGUUUGUGUCAAGCCACAAACAGCAAGAACAAGUAGAGGCCGUUGAUGGGACUGAGUCUGCAAAAAAGAGGUUGUAGUCGAGAGGAACAUUCCAGACUGCACAUUUAAAUCUUUUUGUUAUGAAACGGCAUCAUCAGGAUGGAACUCUCUUUUAGAGGGCUUAUAAUCUCUGCUGUCACUGGACAGUAUUGGCAUUUUGCAAUGCAUACAACCGAUAAAUAGCUGCCGGGUUCCCAUGGUAUAUGAUCAGGUUAUGUCUAUCCUAGGUGAAGAGGGGCCCUGAGAGGUUUUGUUUUUGUUUUCCGUGGAGGGGGCCAGUCCCUCUGACUGCUUUCAGGAAUGUAUUUGUAUGAGAAUAUAUAGGAGUCUGACUGUGCCUUGGUGAGGUCUGAGAUUGUGCAUGGAGAUGCACAGAAAAGCAAAGGAAUGUUUCUGGUGUCGGCUUGUCUGAGUUCAUAAUUUCGUCUGGAUUUAAACAUGUGGGAGUGGAGGCCCCUUUUUUACUGAUUUGAGGACAAGCUCUUGCUUUUUUUUCUGCUCAAAGAGUCUUUUGAUGAAUUUGAAGCUUGGGAGUGGGGGGUGUCUUUUCCCGGUUGUGCUUUGUAAACGAUAUUUAGCUACAAUAUCGUAGUUGUUUUUGUCUCGUUUUCAUCUCCGGUUUUGGAAAUGCAGCAGGAAACGUUUAAUCAACAUUUCAAACAGGAGUUUGUUAAAUACGGCUGCGUUUUAAGAACUGGGGAGCAUUUUUCUUACAAGAUGCUUAAACAGUGAGAUCAUCCAUUAUUGUCAGAGACUAAAACUUCAGCCUAACAGAUAGGACCAUGCACAGAAAAUCUUAGCAUUAUGAAUCGCAAGCUUGGUCGGAUCCAGAUACCAAUUUAUGUUUCCAUCAUGUCUCUCAAAGUAGGGCUGCAUGAAGUGAGGGAAAAAAAUUUUGUGCAUGUUUGUCAUUACAAGAUGAUGUUAGCUGCAUAUUGACUUAACAUAUGCACAUUAUAAACGACUCAAACUCAGAGGAGAUCCAGAGAUGUUUAUGUGGAGCAGCGUUUACUGCGACACUGAAAACACCAGAUCAUGAGCUGCUCAUGUGUACACGAACACCGUGCUGCGCUUCAGUCUGAAACACGCAUUGCAUAUAUUUAUCAAAUGAAAUCGCAGCCUUUGUGAUUUGAUUAUUGGAUUAAGCCAUUUCACGAUUUGGGUUUUAAUUUUGAUUAAUCAUGCAGCCCCAUCUCAAAAGAUCUCAGAGAAUAAGCAGGACAUAAUGUAACACGUUUGUCUCAAGCCUUUUUGUUGUGAGAAAAAAAACAUAACCCAUCCAAAAAUCCUUAACAAGUCACUUUACAUCUUGAAAAUAAGAUGCCAAAAGACACCAUGGGAAUGUAGGCUCAACGCUCUGAAUGGAUUAUCUCACUGCUGACCUUUGUCAAUCAAGAACCAUGUUAACCUCAAGAACUCAAAGACUGUCGCACUGGAUUUUUACACUUUUUCAAGUAUUUGCUGAUCUAACUGUAUUUUUUAAUACUGCAUGUGCAUGCCGAAGAAAACAAACAAAAAAUAUGAUCUGAAUUUAUGAAUGUUGUUUGUGAUGUUUUAUCUGUAAAAACAGGCACAGGGCAGGCAGGCUGCUGUUACUAUAGGAAUGACAUGCAAAAUCCACUUCCUCUGAAAAUUUACUCCUUUUCAUCAUGUGAUUUCAGCAUCUUUUCAUAGUCGCCCAUUUACAUGCAAUGUUCUGACACAAAGGGCAUAUUUUUAAAAGGGACAGUUCAACCCCCCCAAAAUUAAAUAGUGUGGAUAACGGGGCCUUAAAUGUUAAGAACCACAGCUGUUUUGUGUGGAAAAAAGCAGCAUGAACAUUUUUCAAAGCAUCUGUUUUUAGGACAACAUGGGAGUGAGUAAAUUACCAUUUUUAUUUUUGGGUGAACUAUCACUUUAAGAGAGAGCACUUGACUCUGAUUGGCCGAAGAGCUGAUAGAAACUGCCACAUUCUGCAGUCAUUCCACUGGGUCUGGGCUGAAAGCCAAAUUUGUGUUGCUUCUUAGACCUGAUCUAUACUUAGCAGCAUAUGCUCAUAUCUAGUGAUUUUAUAGCCCAUUGAGGGGGGAAGCUACCAUAAAAACAAACAGAUGCUGAUGAUAAAAGAACCAGCUUCUGACCAUUGUAGCACAGGCAAUAAUAACAAACGCCUGACGGAUACUACAUAAGCACUUCGAAAUGAUCUAAAAGAGAGGACCAGUUCAUCUCAAGGACCAAUGUAGUCAGCCCAAACUGUGCUUCUUUAUUUUUGGUUGACACAUUUCUGUCCCAUUGUCUGUUCUUUUGACAUUCCUGAUUUUAGAAGUAUUGUUUGAUGUUAAGAACGGGCAUCUGAUGCCCAGUGCACAUGAUGGAAGUCUGCUGUGUAAAGAGAAAAAUGGAAAACUCAGGAUGUCUUCAUCUUUCAUGCCACUGCUAGCAGAAAAAAAAUGCAGCAGUUGAGUUGUAAAGCCAUAAAGGAAAAGAGGUGUGUUUGGGUUACCCAUACCAUUUACCAAAAUCAUUAUUUUGACCAGUAAGCAAUGUCUAGACUAUAUUCAAUAACUGUGUAUUAUUCAUUAUUGCACACUAACUACAUGUAUAUUGAAGCUGUUCAUUCAAGAAGGUACUUGAUGUCUCUAUGCCAAUGUGAAGGAUAAAGUCAUUGAUGAGGGACAGAUUUUAUUGUAGAUGCAAUAGCUAUGAAUAAAUGGAUGGUAUAUUUAUAUGCUUAUAAAAGAAAAUAUUGUUAUCCUGAAGAGGGACACCCUUGAAUUUGGCAAGUUUUCGAAAAAAAAAAAAAAGACUUGAUUGUACAAUAUUAUGCAUAUAACUUUGUGACAUUAGCACUAACGAACUGAGGAUUAGGCCUACAGUUGAAAUUGUUACUAAGGUUCAAAUUCAACAAAAACCCAAAGAUUAUUAGACGUGAUAUAUCACAGCAAAUAGCAAAUAUUCUGUAUAAAUGUCACUUGAAAUUAACGUAAAAUGACACAAUAAUAAAGUUUUAUUAAGGUGCAUUCACAUUUGCGAAACGUUGGUGAAUUUUUGCGGGCAAAGUAGGUCUGUUGUCAAUAGUGCCAUCAGAGGUCACUUCCAAACCAGGCACCUUUAUAUUGGUAAACACCUUAAAUUUCUGUUUUAACAGUUCAACAAACUAGAAUCUGAUGUAAAAUUCUAAAGAAAAUUUUUCACCUGACGCAUCCCCCACAUAAUAUUCCUAAAUGCUUGGAUUGUUAAUGACAUGGCUGCAUUUUGCCCCCAGAAUUUAACCUAACUUACAAAGCUAAAUGUGACUGCCCUUUUAAGGGGGCCAUUCACACAUAACGGGUUACUGCGUUCAAAAACUCGAGAGAAGGCCCAACGAAAUGUAAAAGAAUGUUUUGAACCACUGCGAAACUGUCAAGGGCGUCAGUGUAGCAAAUUUUUACACUGGAAAGCAAAUUAAAAGUAGCGCACAUAACGAUUGAAAAUGGCGCCGGGAGUACAUGAGUUAUUUUCCAUUCCUCAGCGCUGCUUCCCGCGCGUUUUUAAAUGCAAAACCACGUUUGGUGUGAACUGCCCCUUGUUAAAACGCUAAAGUGUUGUUUAUCCGCGUCUAUUGGCGCUGUAGAUGUCGCCUGACACACACUGACCUGUAUCUGAGGUGAUGAGAUAAAUGAGCGGCCCUUCUCAACAUUAAUUACAUUCAUCCCGGGUUUAAUACAGACGUCGCGUGCCAGGUCAAGCUGAGUGCAUAGCAGUAACGUUUCCCGCCAUUAGUUCUCAGGCUCACGUGCGUAACCCCAGCGGGGCUUUGACCUCGCUGGCUUCCUCGAGCUUUUCAUCUCUGUGUAAACCCAUCACAAUGCAGUGCAGAAAGAUGCGAGGCGCAGGUUUCAGAGGGUUUUCUUAAUGAUGGCGAUUGCUGGCCGGCAACAAUUAACUCUAAUGGAAUGAAAACAAAUGUAGCCCCUAUUGUUAAACGGUGUCAAGUAUCAGCAGAAACGAGGGCCUUAAUUAGAGGAUAUUUUUAAGGCUUCGUGCCACUAUAUUUUGUCAUUGUGUCUAGUCUGUGUUCGCUCGGAUACAAUUAUGCAAUUUUAUGCUUUAGUGCACAGGUUUACGCGGCAACACCUGACAAAUAUAACUCAUAAUAUAAAUUAUUUUUUACACUGCUCGCACUCACGCGCACUAGUCUGGGUAGAGGGAACUGAUGAUUUUUUCAUUGUCUGGACUUGAUAUAAAAUAUCGCAAUACAUUAACUGAAAGCACUUGCUUUAUGUACAAUGUCUUAUACCGUUUAUCUAAUUGCACCGUUUUGUUUCUCCUCGUUUCCCCAAAGUUCAAUAGAUUUUAAUCUCCUUCCUCCUGAGGGAGACAACACUUGGUGACUGUUAUUAUUAUCUAUCUCACUUGCUGGCUGUACUAGUUUUUACUCUGAGCUGUGUGUAAAUAGAAACUGCCAUUGUAAUUGUGCUACGGUGACAAUGUUCUGGUGCUCGUCAGUGCCGCUGUUGUUGUUUUCUUUGGUGUAAAGACCUUUCCAAGGUGCCUGUGUUCAUAUGAGCUCUUGGUUAAUGGUCAUGGAAAAAUAAAAACGAUUUUUUUCGGCAGCUGUUUACUAUA